GGUUACUUGGGAGGAAUGUUGGACUCAAAAGGAGCAACUUCCUUCCUUUUCACUGAAUACAAGUAUGCUGGAGGAUUCAUGGCCAUUUUUGCUGUUCUGAUCUUUCUCUUCCUGGGCUCCAUUGAGGGGUUCAGCACAAAGGAUCAAGCUUGCCAUUACAGCAAGGGCAAGACAUGCAAGCCUGCGUUGGCCAAUGCCCUGUUCAGCACAAUUGCCUUCGUGCUAGGUGCAAUCACCUCUCUUGUAUCUGGUUUUCUCGGGAUGAAGAUUGCAACUUACGCAAAUGCCAGGACAACUCUUGAGGCAAGGAAGGGUGUUGGGAAGGCAUUCAUUACUGCUUUCCGCUCUGGUGCUGUGAUGGGCUUCCUUCUUGCUGCAAGUGGCCUCUUUGUUCUUUAUGUUGCAAUCAACGUGUUUGGACUUUAUUAUGGUGAUGACUGGGAGGGUCUUUUCGAGGCUAUCACCGGUUAUGGUCUCGGUGGUUCUUCUAUGGCUCUUUUUGGCCGUGUAGGCGGUGGUAUUUACACUAAAGCUGCUGAUGUUGGUGCUGAUCUUGUUGGGAAGGUGGAAAGGAACAUCCCUGAAGAUGACCCGAGGAACCCAGCUGUCAUCGCAGACAAUGUUGGUGACAAUGUUGGAGAUAUUGCCGGGAUGGGGUCAGAUCUCUUCGGUUCCUAUGCCGAAUCAUCUUGUGCUGCUCUUGUUGUUGCCUCAAUCUCUUCCUUUGGAAUUAACCAUGAAUUCACCCCAAUGAUGUACCCACUCCUAAUUAGCUCUGUGGGUAUAAUAGCUUGUUUGAUAACAACUCUUUUUGCGACUGAUUUCUUUGAGGUCAAGGCUGUAGAUGAGAUAGAGCCUGCCCUAAAAAAACAGCUUAUAAUUUCCACUGCCUUGAUGACUGUUGGCAUUGCACUCGUCAGUUGGUUAGGCCUCCCGUCUACCUUCACAAUAUUCAACUUUGGUGCCCAGAAGACGGUGCAUAACUGGCAACUAUUUUUAUGUGUGUCGGUUGGUCUCUGGGCCGGCCUAGUCAUUGGAUUUGUUACAGAGUACUACACAAGCAAUGCAUACAGUCCUGUGCAGGAUGUUGCUGAUUCCUGCAGAACUGGAGCUGCUACCAAUGUCAUCUUUGGGCUUGCUCUGGGAUACAAAUCAGUUAUUAUCCCUAUUUUUGCCAUUGCUUUUAGUAUUUUCCUCAGCUUCAGCCUUGCAGCAAUGUAUGGUGUUGCUGUGGCUGCUCUUGGAAUGCUCAGCACAAUUGCAACUGGUCUUGCCAUUGAUGCCUAUGGCCCUAUCAGUGACAACGCUGGAGGGAUUGCUGAAAUGGCUGGCAUGAGCCACAGAAUUCGUGAGAGAACUGAUGCUCUAGAUGCUGCAGGAAACACAACUGCUGCCAUUGGAAAGGGUUUUGCCAUUGGCUCGGCUGCCUUGGUGUCCCUUGCUCUCUUCGGUGCGUUUGUGAGCCGUGCUGGGAUCACAACUGUUGAUGUUCUGACACCUAAUGUUUUCAUUGGACUGCUUGUUGGUGCCAUGCUCCCAUACUGGUUCUCUGCAAUGACCAUGAAGAGUGUUGGCAGUGCGGCUCUCAAGAUGGUGGAGGAAGUGCGAAGGCAGUUCAACACCAUCCCUGGGCUCAUGGAGGGCACUGCCAAGCCUGACUACGCGACAUGUGUGAAGAUCUCCACUGAUGCAUCCAUCAAGGAGAUGAUCCCCCCGGGUGCUCUUGUCAUGCUCACACCCCUUAUUGUGGGGACCUUCUUUGGCGUCGAGACCCUCUCUGGAGUCCUUGCCGGUGCUCUAGUUUCUGGUGUUCAGAUCGCCAUUUCAGCAUCAAACACUGGUGGUGCCUGGGACAACGCCAAGAAGUAUAUUGAGGCUGGCGCAUCUGAGCAUGCAAGAACCCUGGGCCCUAAAGGCUCAGAUUGCCACAAGGCUGCUGUGAUUGGUGACACCAUUGGGGAUCCCCUCAAGGACACCUCAGGCCCCUCGCUCAACAUCCUCAUUAAGCUCAUGGCGGUCGAGUCCCUCGUGUUCGCUCCCUUCUUCGCCACCUAUGGAGGCAUUCUCUUCAAAUGGCUUUAGAGGCAGAAGAACAACGAGUACUUAGUUUUGCCGGUCGGGAGAGAUCAUCUAUAUGUCGUGGAGCCCCUUGAGAUGACCCGUUAUGCUCCCUCAUCUGUUUCCCCUUCCGUUGUUCAUGUAUUCCACACAUCUUGUUGAACUUGUCUAGUUUUCAAUUUCUCAUUCUGGUAGUAGUAAGUAGCAAUAGCAGCAGCAGCCUGAGGGUAGCGAAAUCAACAGCCAUUCGACAUGUUUGGACGAGUGUCUUGGGGAGUUUCAUUUUGCCAGGGGAUGAUGAUGAUCUUGUAUACACAUUGCGGAUAUCCUGUUUAUGAGUGAAAUUUUUUCUUCGGAUGCCUC